UUAAUUUGCGCAAAAUGGUGACCUAAUUGUAAAUAUAGAUAUUCUGCAUAUUAUACUGUAUAGACGGACAGACAUCUAAGAGCCAUAUUCACCAGUAUGUCUCUGUCAACUUUGAGAAAGAACUUUUAUCGCAUAGCUACAUUGAUUAUCGACCAUGGGGCUGAAUCAAUGCGAUGUUUGUUAGAUCAGUUUAUUCAGACAAAAUACAGAAUUUCCUUUAGAGACUAUGUGUCAAAUCAUCAACAUGAGAUUUAUCACCACUUUAAUAAUGGAAUAUGUUGUUUGUGCUCAAAAAAUUAUCAUCCGCCUCAAAAGGCUGUUAUAAGCGCAUGGCAAAUGGAAAAGCUUUUUGACAAAAAUAGUCCAAAACUUUCAUGUCAUAAAUCAAGCAGUAAAUGUGACUAUUGUUGUAGUACUGUAAAAUCUACUUUGCAAAUACAAGACAUAGACAUAACGUUGUUGAGAUUCUUCUUGGUUACAUACUUCGAAGAGGAAUUUUGGCAAAACUGCAUCUCGGGUAGUUUGUUAUUUCACGAUUUUCUGAACACACAUAAGCACGAUUUUUUUCAUUUUCUGCAAUUGAAUACUCCAUGCUGCCUUUGUAAAGAUCAUCCAGAAUACACGACUAUGUUGUUAACAGAAAGGGAUAGACUGAAUAAAACUGAAUGGGAGACAAUGUUUCAAGUUACUGAGCUACCUUGUACUCAACACAGAAGUUUUUUUCCAAAUGGUAACAUAUUUAUUCCAUGUUCUGUGUCUGCAAGAAUAGGAAUUCGUCAUUUAAAUUUGAAAGGCCGUGCACGAAUGAUCAUUUUGUCAAAAUUCUGUGCCUUGAUGAGACAUAUGGAUGAACUGGUGAAGGCUAGGAAUACAGUGUUUGCCCAUGCAAUAAAAGGAGAACUGCCAGACGAGGAUUUCAGACAAUUAUGGAUUGAAAUCGAAAAUUCUAUUAUAUAUGUUUCUAACAUCACCAACACAGUCGACAGUCGAAAAUUAUGCAUUUUGGAGCUAAGCGAAAAAUCACUGGAGGAAUCAAUGUGUUUGGAAUUACAAUGUUUGAUACUGAAAAAAAUGCACGGAGAUGAACUUGUCCUCGAGGCAUGUCACAAAUUACAGGACACAGUUGAAAUGGUAAAAGAAAUCAUUGACCUAAAACUUCAGCAAAUAGAAUUGCAAAUAACAGCAUUUACAUCGAACAUGUCAGACGUUGUGAGAAAUGAACUUGCAAUAAAGCUGAAUGAAUAUUCAGAUACAACAAGGAAUAUCAUAGGUAACACAAAAAGGGAAAUCGAAUCACAUGACGAAGAUAAAACCUAUGUAAAGACAUCUGCAGUAACUGCUGCAACUGAACUACUACAUAGUAACAACUUACUUAUUAUUUUUGGUAGAGCAGGGAGUGGGAAAACUUCCAUGGCUUUAGAGAUAGCAUCUCUGUUUCAUGCCAAUGGGUAUAUCAUUAUGAAACUAGAACAAAACUUAGCAAAAGAUUUUAAAACAUAUUUCAUAAGUAAAAAUAAGCAGUUGAUCAUUUUUGAAGAUUUGUUGGGGAAAGCUGAUAUCAGAUAUAUUAAAGAUAUACAUUCCAAUCUUCUAGAGGUUUUGAAACCUCAUGUGUUAAAUGGCGUGUCUAAAUUCAUAAUUACGGUAAGAAGUUACAAAAGUGAAGAUGAGGAAGAGAUAGCGACAUAUCAUCAGUUGCUGUCGGAAGCAAGGGUAGUAAAUCUAAAUGGAAGUUUCAUUUUAUCUGAUUUAGAAAAACAAAAUAUAUUAGAAAUGCAUGCUAAACAUUUUGGACGUGACAUUUCCAUUUGUGAAAUUGAAAGCAUAAUAGCAACAAAUUCGUAUCUAGGAUUUCCACAGGCUUGCCGUUUGUUUUGCUCAUUCGAAAAGUUCUUUAAAAUGGGACAUGCGUUCUUUACAUCGCCAACUGAAGAACUUCAAAAGGAAAUAAGCUUUUUAAAGCUAUCCGGUUAUACGAACAUUGAUUCAGCGAUACAAUACUGUGUUCUUGUUUCUUUGAUGCUAGAUUCCGCAGGUAAAGGUUCCUUUUCUGAAAACAUAUGUAGCGCAGCCCAUGAAAGCAACGAUCCUUUCAACAAGGUCAAGAACAUUAACAGAUAUGCUAUUGAAUAUUUAUAUCAAUCAUUAUUUUCCAAAGAGGUGAUGAUAACAUUAGACGAUGUACAUGAAAUAUGUAAAAACCUUUCUGAUAAGUAUAUAAAAAACGAUAUAAAUAGUAAUACAUACACGUUCCAACAUGUAACGGUUUUCGAAGCGGUAUUGUCUUCUUACUGGCACCCCAAAACAAUGGAAGACGUUAUAAGAUACUUUCAGGUCAAUAUCCUUGCAGAAUAUGUUAGGCCAUUUGACUCUAUUGUUAAAGAUAAUAAGAAGUAUGUGUUCGUUCCGAUCGGCGAAUGUACUCAUCUAGUUAAAAAAAUGUUUGAAAUCUUUUUAGACAAUUAUUAUUAUUUUAUUGAAUGCUUUAGCUUAAUUAAUCAAUCAAAAUUUACUUUGAAUUUGUUCAACUUAGAACUAGAUGGAUGGUUUGAAAUAGAAGAGAAUGUUCUGCAAAUUGAAUGGGGUAAGCUGAUGGAAUUCACAAGACCCUUCAAUUACAAGAAGGAAAACAACCAAAUAUGUGGAUAUGUAGAUAAGAAAUAUUUAAUACAAAGAUUUAUGAUUGAAUUAGAUAAAAGAGCCGUAGAAGUUUACGAAUAUAUUAAAAGAUAUGGUUGUGGCGAAUUUGUCAAAGAUUUCAAUGAUAAACUUACCAAAAGGUUUCAAUCAGCAGAAAAUAGAGCAAAUUGUAAGUGGGAGGUAAUACGUCAUUUUGUUCGUCCGACUACAAUCGCAAUUAAAACUGAUCAAAAAGGUACGGUUACAAAGGACGUCUGGUUAAUAUAUAGAUUAAUUGAUAUAUUGCUACGACAUGAACCAUUGAAACGUAGAGAUACAAAAACAUCGGCGAUAAAACAUUAUAUUGAGAAGUAUGGAUGUAAAACAUUUGUUAAAUAUUUCAAUGAAAAACUUAUGGAAAGGUUUCAAACAGAAGAAAGUGUUGUAAAUUGUAAAUGGGAGGUAAUUGAUUAUUUCAUUCGUCCGACUACAUUCCAAAUUGAAAUUGGUCAAGUAGGUACUGUCACAAAAGACGACUGGUUAAUAAUAGGAUUAGUUAAUAGAUUGUUGAAACAUGAACGUAUAAAACAAAAAGAUGACAUAACAUGGAAUAUUAAAUCUUACAUUGAGACGUAUGGAUGUGAAAAGUUUGUCAAAGAUUUUAAUAAAAUACUUGCCGAGAGGUUUAAAUCAAAAGAAAAUGUAAAUUAUUGUAAGUGGAAGGUGAUUCAUCGUUUUAUUCGUCCGACUACAUUCCAAAUUGAAACUGGUCAACUAGGUACUAUAACAAAAGACGUCUGGUUAAUAGAGAGAUUAAUAGAUAUCAUAUUGAUAUAUUCACCUGAACCUUUCAAGCGAAGAGAUGACAAAACAGAGGAUGUAAAAAAAUACAUUGAGAGGUAUGGAUGUAAGUUUGUGGAACAUUUCAAUAGAAUACUUGCCGAAAAAUUUCAAUCAGAAGAAAAAGUAGUAAAUUGUACAUGGAUGGUAAUAUAUCAUUUUAUUCGUCCGACUACAUUCACCAUUGGAAUUGGUCAAGUAGGUGUUGUCACACAGGACGUCUGGUUGAUUAAUAAAUUGAUAGAUAUAUUGAUAGAGGAGAGAUCAUUCCAGUGUAGAGAGGACAGAAUAAGGAAGUGUAGAUAUUACAUUGAGAAGUAUGGCUGUGAAACCUUUGUUAACGAUUUCAAUGAUAAACUGGUGGAAAGGUUUCAAUCAAGGGACACUGUAAUUAACUGUAUGUGGGAGGUAAUACAUCAUUUUAUUCGUCCGAAUACAUUCAACAUACAAACUGGUAAAAUUGGUACUGUCACAAAAGACGAUUGGUUAAUAUAUCGAUUAGUAGAUAUAUUGGUGGAAGUGAGGAUAUUCGAACGUAGAGAUGUCAGAGCAAAAGAGGUAAAAGAUUACAUAGAGAAAUAUGGAUGUGAAACGUUUGUCAACGAUUUCAAUGAUAAAGUUAAGGAAAGGUUACAAGCAGAACAAGAUGUUUUGAAUUGUAAGUGGGUGGUUAUAAAUCAUUUUAUUCGUCCGAGUACAUUUGAAAUUGAAAGAGGUCAAGUAGGUUAUGUCACAAAAGAUGAUUGGUUAAUACAUAAAUUAAUAAAUAUAUUGGUGGAAAGGGGGUCGUUCGAACAUAAAGAUGUCAGACCAAGGGAGGUAAAAGAUUACAUUGAGAAGUAUGGACGCGAAACGUUUAUCAACCAAUUCAAUGAAAAACUAAUGGAAAGGUUUCAUUCAGAAAAAAUUGUUGUGAAUUGUGAAUGGGAGGUAAUUGAUUAUUUUAUUCGUCCGACUACAUUCCAAAUUGAAAUUGGUCAAGUAGGUACUGUCACAAAAGACGACUGGUUAAUAUUAGGAUUAGUUAAUACGUUGCUAUUCACACGAAUAAAUGACAAAACAAGGGCGAUAAAAAUUUACAUAAAGAAAUACGGAUGUGAAACGUUUGUCAACGACUUCAAUAAACAACUUUUGAAAAGGUUUCAAUCAGAGGAAAAUGUAAACAAGUGUACUUGGGAGCUAAUACAACAUUUUAUUCGUCCGACUUCAUUCCAAAUAGAAAAUGGUCAACAAGGUACUGUCAUAAAGGACGUCUGGUUAAUACAGAGAUUAAUAGAUAUUAUAUUGGUUAAUAUGAUAUUCCAACAAAGAGAUUACAGAACAUGUAUGUUAAAAAAUUAUAUUGAGAAGUAUGGAUGUGAACAGUUUGUUCAAGAUUUUAAUGCAAAACUAACAGAAUGGUUUCAAUCAAAAAGAAAUGUACUAAAUUGUGAGUGGGAAGUAGUUAAUAAUUUUAUUCGUCCGACAACAUUCAACCUAGAAAUUGGUCAAGUAGGUGCAGUCACAAAAGACGACUGGUUGAUAUAUCGGUUAGUAAAUGCAUUGGUCAAAGAUGAACUAUAUAAAGAUAGAAAUAACAGAACGUGGGAGGUGAAAGAUUUUAUUGAAAAGUAUGGAUGUGAACAAUUUGUCAAAGAUUUCAAUAAAAAACUUACGCAAUGCUGUCAAUCAGAAAAAAAUGUUGUAAAAUGCGAGUGGAAAGUAAUAGAUUAUUUUAUUCGUCCGUCUAGAUUCAGAACAGAAAUUGGUCGAAUCGGUAUUGCCAUUGAUGACGGCUUGUUGAUACAUAAGUUAAUGAAUAUAUUGGUGGAACAGGAGCCAUUCAAAUGUAGAGUUGAUAGCAUAUGUUGGGUAAAAGGUUACAUUGAGAAAUACGGAUGUGAACAGUUUGUCAAAAAUUUCAAUGAAAAACUUGAAGAAUGGAUAAUGAAAAAUAUGGCUAAUUGUAAUUGGUCCAUAUUUACAAGUUUUGUUCGACCUAAGUCUUGUAACAGUGAUCAGAAUAUUGGAAUCUGCAUUGAUGUUGAACAUGUUAUGAAGUAUCUGUUUUCAAAAUUAGAACAAGCGACGAAUGUGUACGCAGUAAAAUCGUAUAUCAACACUUAUGGAUCAUUUGAGUUUAAGACAAAUUUCAACGAACGCUUAAAAGAAAAAGUAGGAAAAGGUCAUGCAUUAAAUAAAGAGUGUACAUGGGAAAGUUUGGAAGUUUUCUUUGAGAAUGCCGUUGAAAAUGAUUCCGAAGAGUCAAUGUUAACGAGAGAAAGUGACAGUGAUAUCGGAGAUUUAUCUGACUCAGAUUCCAGUUUUGUGGAAUACGAUUCUGACUACUAUGAUUUUUACUCUGAUCUUGACGAAAAUAGUCAUUCUGAAGAUUCCAAGUCUGAUUCAAGUUAGGGUUUUUAUCUCGAAUCAUCAUUCUGAAAAUACUGGUUAACUUUUGGGGUCACCGGAGUUAACAUUCGAUUUUUGUUCGGUUUGUGAUGCGCAGUCUUUAGUUUUCAAUAUAAUGUUUUGUUAUUGUCGUUUAUCACUUUGUCUUUGUUUUUGGCCAUGGUGUAAUUGUUUUUAUUUGACUAAUGAUUUUUAAUGCCCACUUGGUAUCUUCUUUUUUCCUUUUAAUACUGAUACUGAAACGAACGACCGUCUAAACAAAAAUGAAAAUUGUAACGAUGAUAAAUCAGACACGAAAAAGACGCAGAAAAAAAAAGAAUGGAAACUAAACAUGGUAAUUAUGUAAACAAUCAUUAACCAUCAUUUCAUUGUUGAAUACAACGGACUGGACAAAGUUUUUAAAACUUUUAAAAAAAUUGCACCACUGAUUUUAUCAGCAACGCACAUCAGCUGUACGUGUUCAUUAAUAUUGUUCUUAAAAUUAAUGUGUAUAGCAAAUAUGCUUCAGUAAUGGCAUAUACUCAUCUUGCGUCGAAAAGUAACCAUGUGAUUCAAAUAUUUGCCCUACCAUAUUAGUUUUUAAAGAUACAGUUUAGAGAUGAGUGACUUUUUGCAUUUUCUGAAUUGAAGAGCAAAGGUAGCAUUUCUAUAUUUGUAAUUGUUUUACUGAUUUUUUAAGAUUCGAGAUCACACUUACCUAUAUGCGUACAUUAAUUAUGAACACUGUUUCAGUAUUGAAAUACCAUUAAAAAAUAUUGGAACAAAUUAAUACAUCUACAAAAUAUCAAUAUCUGUGCUAGAAAUAUUUCUAAUGUUUCGGGGUCAUUCUUUAUUGAAAAGAAAAUCAAUUAUUGUCAUUUUUGCUAAAGAAUGUUGUUAUAUUUGAAUUUUAUAUAACUAUCCCACUAAUUGAUUCUGUAUAGUUUUAUAAAUAACAUCCAUGCAAAGUGAAUUUAACUGCAAUUUGGAUAUUAUCAUUAAUAUAUUAUGUAUCAUUGAUUUUUCAAAAGGAUCUGUACAACAUUAAAAGUUAUAGGUAGGUAAUAUACAUAUUGUUUGGCGAAUCAUCUUCCAGUAAACCUGUAUCAUAUGGUUUAGGAUUCAGAUGCUGAAAUUAAAUUUAAAUAUUGUUUUUAAAUGGGGAAAUAGAAAGAUACAGGUAGUAUGUUCUAGUUUAAUGCCAAAGAAAAAGUUAGAAGUGUCGUAACAUUGAGCAACAAAUACUAUCAUGUCUUGCUGUAACUUUGGCAAAUUUAAUGUUCUCGUUUAAUUUAUAUACACAUAUACGUUUUCUAUGUACUGUGUGCGAUUUUGUCCUAUGUACAUUUACUCCAUAUCUUUUUAUUUUCUAGUUAUUAAAGGUAAGUUUAUAAUAUCAAAUACAAAUUGCUAAAUAAUCUAUUCUGAUGUGAUGAAUUUCAGUUUGAAUGCAUGCAUCUUUGAAAAUGAAUGUGUUUUAAGCAUUGAGCUCCCGAAUGGAAAUUAACUUUUAUUUCAAUUCCAAGGUAAUGAUAUUUAUAUUUAAGCAAACAAAUUUUUUUUGAAAUAUUCUUCUCAGAUAGUGCAAAAUCAUUUUCAUUCAAUUUCUUUUAAUCAAACAACAAUGUAGGUCCUUACCAAACAUUUGCAAUGUAUACUUUGAUUUGAUUUUAGUUGAUUCUACGCCAACAUCUUUUAUUGACUAUUCAAGGAAAAGAUACAAACAUACAUCUAUAUCUGUGUUUUUAUAAGUUGAUUUGAAAUAUAAAAUAUUAAAUGUGGUAUAAUUGACAAUCAUUUUCGUGAAAUUUGUUCCACUUCUUUUUCCGUUUUGUUCAAUGUAGGUCAAUUUUACCAUUGCAAUGUAAGAUUAAUGAACGAUAAGCAUACUGAUAAAAAUCAUCAAAAUUUAUGUAAAAACUCAUUUUUAUGUCUAAUUACGUAGGUUUAUAUUGUUAAACAUUGUUAUAUUGUGUUUAGCAACGUGUUGAUUAUAUGUUAUGUUAUUAUCAUCUGACUGUUUUGUUUAAACAGACUUGUCUUAUUAGUUUUGUAUUAUAAUGAUAUGAACAAG